CCCGUUCCCGCAUUCCCCCAUUUCCGCAUUCCCGUUCCCUAUUUUAAAGAUAGCCGGUAAUUAAUAACAAUAAAUAAUUAAUUGUACGAACAUGUUACGACCUCAGUGCCUUGUACCCAGGGUUCCCCUUGUGCUGGCCGCGUGCUGAAAGAAAGCGAACCCUGGGUCAAAGUCAAAGAGAAUCAAAGAGCAAGCUGCCUGGCUGCAAGCCACUCAACGAUGGUUCUGGGUAUGAGAUUGAUCAAUAAGUAAAGAUAUAUACUUCCAUAAUGUUUGGUAAUCUCCCUCCAUUGUGAUUCUCAGACGUAUACAGUAUAGUUGUACAUUUUUAACCAGCUAUAGAAUCUCGAACAGUUGUAAAAUCUUAACGAUUCUCGACUUGAAUUCUGACUCUCGAAUAGUUUUAGGCGAAACGGCGCGCCAUAUGUUAUCGUUCCAGAUAAAAGACACGGAGUUCACUGAAAACAACAAACAAGUAUUAAAGUAACUAUUUAUUUGGACUGUAAAGAAUAUUAAUAUUACCACGAAUUCCUGUCUUCCGUGUUCCCUUGGUCGCACAGUUAGGUCAUAGAGUAAGGAUUGAAUAUUUAGCCUGUAGGCUACGUGGCAAAUUGACGAUAGACAACAGAAACGAAUUUCAAAGCAAAAUAAUGGAGAAAGAACGCGAAGAAAAUGUUCAAAGUAAUGUUGCAAUUACAGGUAAUACAUCAGAUUCUGAUAUAUCUGACCAAGUGUUACUCCAUCUCUCCCGACGAGAGAUGAACAAACUUGUGAAGGGGAGAAGUGACGGAGACGAUUUAAGGAAACGUCGUAAGGCGCUGCUGAAGAGAAGACAAUCGAGCAUCAGAACCAGAUCUGAGCAAAGAGAAGCUAUGGAGCUUAAGAGGCCACUGGAAGAGAAAACUGAAAGAACCACAGCCUUAAAACCCAAAGAUUGGAAGAAAGUUUCUGUGAAGCAUAGGGAGAUGUUUGAACGGCUUUUAGAAGUGCGGGAAAGUGACCCUGAAUCGAUAACAACAGUAAAUGAUAAUGGCGUAUGUUUCAAAAAAGAGUUCGCAAUAGGCAAUGGCAGUUACGGCACAGAGGUGUAUAUUUGCUUGGGGUUUGACGGAAUAGAACGAGCGAUAAAACGUUUGCCAAAACUAUUGUGUGAGAAAUUCUUGAAGAAUGAACGAGAUAUCUUGAAUUCUCCGAAUGCAGUCCAGUCGCCACGAAUUGUAAAUUAUUGUUUCUACGAUGACACUUCCAACCCUGAUUUCGGUUAUUUGAUUCUGAACUUGUAUGAACAGAAUCUUGAAGAAUUUAUCAGGGAAGAAGGCGAAAGCAUGACAGAAUCCCGUGCUAAAAAGAUGAUACGUCAAGUGUUGGAAGGGCUGAAAGCAUUACAUGCCAGAGAGCCCAGAAUUCUGCACAGAGAUUUGAAGCCAACUAAUAUCCUUAUUGAUGUGAAGGAUAAUUUACUUCUGUCUGAUUUUGGUAUUGGACGCUUUUUCCCAGAACAAGGUAUUUUCACAACUCACAAGAUAUAUAUUUAUUGAAGUAUACAACCCCCAAUAAGUUAGCGUUGAACAGAACUGCCUUGUUCUUUAAAAACUUUAUUUUUGACCUGGGAUAGUUGACUAAAGACCAUGUCAACUCCGUAUAAAUGUAAACAAAUCCUUUGUUUACAUUUUGAACUGCUAUAUUGUAAAAUAGAAGAUACUAACUGAAUAAUAUCUAACGCUUUUCAGGUUCGCUAUUGUAAAUGAAUAUAAACUAGAGUGCGUUUCAAUUCAAAAAAGUUCGAAUGAUGCAAAAUUUGGGCAAUGUUUAUAUCUGUGGGUCCCCCUUUCUUAUGAGAACUGAUGCGCAGAUAUUCCGAACUUCGCAAAUUCGUGGCAAAGCUCAAAAGUUCAUAAUGAAAUUUACAAGCUGAUUUGUAAACCCACAAUGGGGUGUUUGGAAACCCAGGAACUACAGGAUUUUCAGGAACAACAAAUCAUGAUAAUUUUUCCGCUAAAACCACUAAUAAUUAUAAAUUAUGAUAUGAAUAUAGCACGUGGAAGUGCAUUUCCACACUGCUGUUGUAAUAAACGUUUGUUCAAGAUGAAAAGUGAAAGGCAAGUCAUGGUUAAAAUUUGGUUUUGGACUAGGAUAUUCAAUACUGGCCACUGUAUUUAUUUCUUAAAUGACGCUGUCUUUUAUUACAGCAUGUCGGGGAUUUCUUGACCCAAAACGAAAAAGUCGCGUUGUAAAUUGUUUUAUGAAAAUUUUAUAAGUUUGAUUUAUAAGAAAACCCCCAAAAUCUCUCGCUAUAUUCGCUCUCAAAAUCGCCUUGUUUACAUAUUCACUGCAAAGUGUUUUCCCGGAAUCUCACCGGAAGUGAGCAUGUGAACUUUUGGUGUCUCGAUUUCAAUUUGCUUUUCAAAACUGACUUCCAAUGUUUACUUGCUCUGGUUUACUUGUAAAUUCGGAAUGUUCGUUGUAAAGUUCCGAAGUUUGUUUCGAAGUUCGUUACGAUGAUUUACAAUGAUUCAAUAGCAAGCGAUUUGAUUGGCUGGUUCACUUAACUAGCCAAUUACAACUUACUAAACUUGAUUAUCGUAAAUCAUCGGAACGAACUUCGAAACAAACUUCGGAACUUUACAACGAACAUUUCGAAUUUACAAGUAAACAUUGGAAGUCAGUUUUGAAAAGCAAAUUGAAAUCGAGAGUAACUGUUACAAGCAAAUGUAAACUAUUACUGUUGAUGCAAUGGAAGUGUUGAUAAAAUAUUGCACCAAUUCCUUUCAUCAAUUCAUUUGAUAGAAAAUUGAUCAACUUCCUGUUACUUUUAGAUGAGCCAAUUAGAUUUCGUUUCAGAACCGAUUGACCAAUAGGAAACGCACAGGAAGUAAAAAGAAAUUUGAAUUCGUAUGAAUUGAUCGGCAUGUUGUAAAACAUGGACUGGACCCUGGACUGGACUGGACUUGUAAACUAUGGACUGGACUUGUAAAACAUGGACUUGUAAAACAUGGACUUGUAAAACAUGGACUUGUAAAACAUGGACUUGAACAUCGAGCGAAUUUAUUAUCGAUAUGUUUGUCUAUAUGCAUGUACACCAUAUAGAGCCAAUGUAUUACAAAUAUGUUUGACAAGAUGUUUUAUGCAUGUACACCCAUAUAGAAGUCCAUGUUUUACAAAUCAAUGUUUUACAAGUCCAUGUUUUACAAGUCCAUGUUUUACAAGUCCAGGGACCGGUCCAUGUUUUACAACAUGCCGAAUUGGGCAACUUGAGGAAAUGAAUUCAUGCAAUAUUUUAUCAACACUUCCAUUGCAUCGACAGUGAGCAAAACUUAUAUAAACUAUGUCCCAAUGUGCGUUCUCAACACAUCUGGUGAUAGUGUGACUACGAGUUCAGAUGAAGAUAUUGAAUUUAUUAUUUAAAAAGCCUUUAAGGUAUUUAUUUAAAGACUAAAGUCAAGACAUCUGCUCACAUUUACCACAUAUUCCGGAAACACGCUAUACAUCCAGCGUAAAAACAUGGUCUAUAACGACGACAACUUUGUAAUGAUUUUGUAAGAAAUACAGUUGAUUUGAUAUCGUUGACAUAUAAAUAUAGCGUUUAUGCCGCUCGUAUUGCCAUUUGUCGUGCUCCAGCCCGAUUUCUGGUUCUGAAACGCGCCCGAUUUGCAACCAAAGAGUGAGCGCCAAGCAGGCUGGUCAUUUCUCAUUGUUUAACUGCCCCACACUCAGGUAACCUUAAUACUUUAAUACUUGUUUGUUAUAUGUUGCUUUGCAACAUCCGUGUGUCAAAAAUUCAAUCUGAACAACAUUUUUCACGAAAGCAAAAGGGCACUUUGCCACCGGAAAAAAGACAGUUUUUGUGUUUUCUGAAAACUUGAGGGCCUUGCCCCCACCCCGGUUCCUACGCCCUUGUUUACAAAUCAAGCAUAUAGCUAAACAUAUGCGUAUUAAACGCAAGAAAAGACUUUUUAUAACGUUCUACCGAGGAUCUUGGGACGAGCAUGAGUUGAAAAACAAAAAUUGGAAACUACUGCUGCUUGCACGCCGUUGUAGAAGACAGCCGUCAUGAGGCCUAUACUUAUAAGUAUAAUGGUUUCAAACUGUCAAAAUUUAUGAGUAUCGAAAGUUAUAUUAAUCUACCUAUAAAUCUAGGUGCAUUUUACGUGCUCCUAACUCAACUGUAUGUCACAGUGGGGAUUUAACUUUUUUGCCCCUUAGGGCAUGCAUUUUUAUACAUUUUCGUAUGAGAAGUAGAAUGUUUUUAAAUCUUAAAUGGGUCAAUUUUUCCUCUUUACAGGUGCAACAACCUACUAUACUACUAAGGAAAGUGGGUCACACGGCUGGAUCGCGUAUGAAUGUAUUGACUGGAAUGCAUUGUUUUCUAAUAAUAUGCAGAACCCUUCAGAUACACCAUUACAACUCGGGUGGAAAGAGAAAUCAGAUAUUCAAGUCGCAGGCAUGUUAUCAUUUUACAUCUUAACCAAAGGAAAGCAUCCGUUUGGUCCGAAAAUAACCCAACAGAUGAAUUUGCAUAAUGACAAUCCGGUGGGUUUAGGUAAGCUGAGUGAUCCUGUGGUCAAAGACCUGCUGUUUCAGAUGUUGGCUCAGGAUGUAGAUAAACGACCAUAUGUGGAGCAAGCCUUGAAGCAUCCUUACUUUCUCUCUCUCAAAGAGCAGAUGAAAUUUGUAGCAGCUGUGGGCAACGAACUUGAAUUAAAGAAUUCCUUCAAUGCUGUUCCCAGUGAGCUGGACAACUGUGAUCCAUCCAAACCUCGAGGUCGGUUACCAGACAAUUGGAAAGAAGUGAUUGGUCCCGAUGACCUUAAGACGUUGUGUGAAGGAGGUCAAAAGUCCCCAUCAGACUAUAAACGUAGGCGGUAUACACAUUGCAUUCAAUUAAUACGUAACACAUUUCAGCAUCGGGAUGGCAAACUGCGUCAAUUGAAAAACAAGACACGGCCCAUGUCUUCUCUUGAGGAAUAUUUUUUUGAGUUAUUUCCAACACUCCCGUUUGUUCUUCAUGAAAUAAUCAGAGAGAAUCCCGACUGGAAAACACUCCCUGCCUUGAAGGAACUUUUUCCUGUGAUAAACCGUCGACCGUGCAGUGCCUGAUGCAGACUAAAGCAUACAAAUUGUGUCAGGUUGGUAUAUAUUUCAUUAUAGUUUUCAGCAUUCUUUUAUUACCAUCAGGGGCGGAGCUAAGGGGGGGGGGGGGCUGGAAUACCCCCCUAGUCGUCAGGUAGUCGACAAAUUAUUGUAUUCCGGUCGGGAAAUUGUUUUCCCAGUCGGCAAAACAUAAAUUGGAUAGGAAGGAAAAACUAAAAUAUUUUAGUGAAACUGAUUAAAAAAUUAGAAUUAUAGAUGAAAUUUGGGGAAAUUUACGGAAACAUUAAGGAAAAACUAACGGACCAAGUGGUAUCAGUGCUUUGUCAACGCUAAAGGUAAUGAAAAAUAUAAUUUCCAGAAUUUUUUGUGACUGAGCGCUGCCAAUGAACUUUAUUGUUGUAUAAUUAUCACAUGUUGUUUCAUUUUCGUACCCAGAGCCUUUCUUACGCGCGGUCAACGGAGCGCGACGUGGGGCUCUGGCCAAAUCCAUAUCAAACUGGCAUCUGAUUGGCUACAACGAAUGUUAUUGUUCUGAUGCCGGAUAUAUUCUUUUACCGUGUUUUUAUGGUAUCCGGUUAUGGAUUUGGCCAUAGGCAUAGCCCCUCGUCGCACCAUGCGUAAGAGAGAACUAUAUGUGAAAUGCAUUUGUUUAUUUUUUAAUAGAUUCGUCAAGGCCACAGCGUUUAAGUGCUCCUUUCAGGAAAAGCAGUGAAAGAUUGAUUAUAUUUUGUAUGUGCAAAAAAAGACAAUUCACAAUUGUCAGUACGUGUCCAGUGAUAUGCACCUAGUGAGAGUUGUAUAAAUGUAUAAAAUUUUAGUGAAAAUUUAGCCUAAAAGGAGUUUUAAUAAUUUAUAAUAAAUAAUAAAUGAAAUAUUUUUAAUAAUAUCUUAGUUUGCA